AUGAACAACUAUUUUGAACUAUAGAAUAGCAAUAUCAAGAGAUCAAGAUAAUAAUUUGGAUUUUUACUACUGAUUCUUUUUAAUCUCCUUAAUUCAUCAAAUGCUUUCUUUAAGGUCAUCACUAACUUAUUAGAUAGAAACGCUUAUAUGACUGCCAUCAAGCCUUAAUUAUGUUUUGGGAAUGUUGAAAACAAUAAAAACUUCAUUGACAUAGAUUUCGAUACUCUAGGAGGGGGAGGAUUCCGCUAAGAACAAGCGAUUAAAAAAGGAGUAGGUCAUAAAUUUAUAAUCAGAGGAAAAAUAAAUAGAGAUGUAUCUAUAAGAAGACAUCAUAUUUGGAUUUUUAGAGAAGGAGUCGAAGUUCAUUACAAAAACAUGCGAGUAAUGGAGUAUUAUUAUGAUGGUGACGACUACUACUACGAAAUGAUGUUCGAAUUACCAAACUUUUCAACUAUUGGAGGUUAUAGAGCAGUCUUUUAGAGUAGCGGCUUGCCUAUUGAUGACUAUGUAGAUCAUGAAUUAUUUAGGUAUCUUGGUCAGAAAGAAUUUUGGAGAUAUUAGUGUACUUUAUAGGAAUACAAUGACUUAAUAAAUAAAGACCUUAGCUAUCUUAGGCCUAGAAAGAUGGAAAGAAUUGAUGAUCACGACCCAGUCAUAUUAGGUUGCAUUGAAUUCUGGUUUCAUUUAGUUUGA